AUGCUGUCGCAACAAGAAGUGGACGACAAGGUCAAAUUGUUGAACGAGCCUUUGCAUGGGAUCUACAUUCCCGUGGGCUUGUUUGUCACCGGGUGUUUUAUCGUGGGUUGUCUUUCCGAUAUUACGUUCGCGUACUACGGGUUGGCAUUCCUCGCGGUGGUUUUGUCCGUCAGAGUGACCAUGGCUCUUCUCAAGAGAAGUCCGGCGAUGCAUGAUGUCAAAUGGCAGGACUUUGAAUUGGCUGAGACCACCAUCAUCUCCAAAAACUCCGCCAUUUACAGAUUCAAGUUGUCCCGUGAAGACCAGUACUUAGAUAUUCCCGUGGGUCACCAUUUAGCCUGCUGCAUGGUGUUGGAUGGCAAGGACGAAAUCAGAUACUAUACGCCGAUCUCGUCCCCAAUGGACCGGGGCUACUUCGACAUCUUGGUCAAGUCCUACACAGACGGGAAGGUUUCAAAAAAGUUUGCCCAUUUGAGAGAGGGUGAAACCGUCAAAUUCAGGGGCCCGGUCGGCAGAUUAGACUACGUUCCAAAUAUGGCCACCGAGAUUGGUAUGAUUGCCGGUGGUUCCGGGAUCACCCCAAUCUUGUCGGUAUUAUCCACCAUCGUAACCACCCCAGACGAUGUCACCAACGUCAACUUGCUCUACGCCAACGAGACCGAAAACGACAUCCUAUUGAGAGAGGAGCUCGACGAGUUUGCUGAAAAAUAUCCAGGCUUCAAGGUCAACUACACCUUGACGACGCCACCAGCCAACUGGGACGGCGAGACCGGCUACAUCACUAAGGAGAUGAUCAGAAAGUACAUGCCAAAGCCUAGUGCCGAAAACAAGUUGCUCAUCUGCGGGCCGCCGGCCAUGAAGACUGUCGCCAUCCAGUUGACCACCAGUCUCGGCUGGAAGAAAGCUGUCAUGCCGUCCAAGUCUGACGACCAGGUCUUUAUCUUUUAA